UUCACAACCAAUCCACCUUCUUCACAACCCAUUGUGCUUGCUUUUGUUUCUUGUACCAUUUAGGUGCUGUCAUUGUGGUCACUUUGAAAAAGGGGGUUGUUUGUACCCAUGUCUAAGUUUGUUACCAUCUUCUUCAUCCUUGUUCUCAUUGCCAUUUCCAUGCUUCAAACCAUGGUGAUGGCAUCUCAUGGCCAUGGAGGUCACCACUAUGACCAGAAAAAAUAUGGCCCUGGCAGUCUUAAAAGCUCCCAAUGUCCAUCGCAAUGCACGAGGAGAUGCAGCAAGACUCAGCAUCAUAAGCCAUGCAUGUUCUUCUGUCAGAAGUGUUGCAGAAAGUGCCUGUGUGUGCCUCCAGGUUUCUAUGGAAACAAACAGGUCUGCCCUUGCUACAACAACUGGAAGACCAAGGAAGGAGGCCCCAAGUGCCCUUGAGCAAAUAAACAAGCAACACUAAAUUAGAGUAUAUCCCUUUACAAUAUGUAUGUUUUGGGGUUGAUUCAUAAUUAAAUCUGUAAUGUGAAAGUCACUCCUUGAGGAUUGAUUCCUCUAAUUGUGAGUGGCUAAUCUGUCAGUAUUAUCAAUGAAAUUUCUUCUUCUAUUAAA